AUGCGGAAUAGGGACUAUAAAUUCGUAUUCAUGUCACUCUGCAUUUUACACCUCUCCACUCUCUGUGAAGGACGUCCCAUGAGAAAGAGGACGGUGAGUGAGGUCCAGCUCAUGCACAACGUCGGGGAGCACAAGCAGGUGCAGGAGCGCCAGGAGUGGCUGCAGAUGAGGCUCCGGGACAUCCACACCGCCGCGGCCCGGGGCAGCAGCAGGGAGGUGGGCCGGACGAGGAGGAGGCUGCGUCCCGAAGAUCUACCGGACUUGACACCAGAGGAGAUUCAGUACGCUUUGGACUUCUUGGAAAAGCUCCUCAAGUCAAAGCAGUCAUGAGUUUAGUUGAUUAUGUUUGACUUGCAG